GACGGGGUUUGAGGGGAGGUUAGAAAAGGAGCCGCCGGGGCCCUUGCUCGGCCUUCGUGUUGUGGAUCUGGACAGAGUCACUCGUCUCUGUCUGUCUCGUUCUUGUUUGUGUUUGAUUUAUUUUUUCUAAAGGAUUCAUUUGGAGAGUUAGGGAUAGGAAGUGGACGCAGUCAUGUCAGGCAAAGAAGAAAAGAAGAAGUCCAAGAAGAAAAGCGCUACAGUGUGUGGCUACCCAAUAAGCAUCUUCUUCAUUGUGGUCAAUGAGUUCUGCGAGCGGUUCUCCUACUAUGGCAUGCGAGCCGUGCUGGUGUUGUACUUCAAGUACUUCCUGAAGUGGGACGAUGACCUCGCCACCACCAUCUACCACACCUUCGUGGCCCUCUGCUACCUGACCCCCAUCCUGGGAGCCAUCGUGGCCGACUCGUGGCUCGGCAAAUUCAAGACUAUCAUCUACCUGUCGAUUGUUUACGCAGUGGGGCAGAUAGUCAUGGCCAUAAGCGCCAUCCACGACAUCACGGAUACAAACAAGGACGGCACCCCCGACAACCUGACCUUACACGUGGCUCUGUCCAUGGUGGGGCUGCUCCUCAUCGCCCUGGGAACCGGAGGCAUCAAGCCUUGCGUUGCCGCCUUUGGUGGAGACCAGUUUGAGGACCAUCAGGAGAAGCAGAGAAGCACCUUCUUCUCCAUCUUCUACUUGUCCAUCAACGCCGGCAGUCUCCUGUCCACCGUCAUCACCCCCAUCCUCAGAGCUCAGGAGUGUGGCAUUCACACAAAGCAGAAAUGCUACCCGCUGGCCUUCGGCGUCCCCGCCGCUCUCAUGGUGGUGGCUCUGAUUGUGUUCAUUGUCGGAAGUCGCAUGUACAACAAGACCGCCCCUCAGGGCAACAUCAUGGUGAAAGUCUGCAAAUGCAUCGGGUUUGCCAUCAAGAACCGCUUCAGGCACCGUGGCUCUCAGUACCCCAAGAGGAAGCACUGGAUGGACUGGGCCGAGGAGAAUUACGACAAACUCCUGAUUGCCCAGGUGAAGAUGGUGCUGAAGGUGCUGUUCCUGUACAUCCCUCUACCCAUGUUCUGGGCCCUCUUUGACCAGCAGGGCUCGAGAUGGACCCUCCAGGCGACCACCAUGAACGGAGACUUUGGAGUCCUCAUAGUCCAGCCCGAUCAGAUGCAGACCGUCAACCCUAUCCUCAUCCUGGUUUUGGUGCCAAUCAUGGACAGCAUCAUCUACCCCCUCAUCUCCAAGUGCAAAUUAAACUUCUCCCCGUUGAAGAGGAUGACCGUGGGAAUGUUCUUAGCUGCUCUUGCUUUCGUGGCGGCCGGACUGGUCCAGCUACAGAUUGAUCAAACCCUCCCUAAGUUCCCAUCGGGUGCUGUGGGCCAGGCCAAGUUCAUCAACAUGUUUGGACAGACAGUGAACAUCCAGGCUGGAGAAAACAGCCUUACUCUGAAUCCUUAUCAGGCCAGUGAGAAUUACCUGGACUUUGAGGGACCCUUUCCAAUAACUUUGCAGCCUGGUGUCGGUGUUGAACUUCUCUUAGAUGGCGGCACCCGCUCCACCAUCGCUAUAGUUAAGGAUGGACUCAAUCCCGCAAUUGAGCUGUUCAGUGACAUCACAGCGAAGCCAGAGCAGGGAGCUAACGCUAUCAGAUUCCUCAACGGUUUUACCUCAGAUUUGAACAUAACCAUCGGAGAUGAGUCGUCGGGCGCCGUGGUGCCCAACAACAUGUCGGAGUAUUUUUCCGUGCCGCAGGGAGAGGCUAGCUUCCAGAUCCAGAACCAAGCUGGAAGCGUGUGCACCUACACUCAGGCGCUGGGCUUCGGCAGCUCUUACACGCUCGUCAUCCCGUCAACCUUCACAUUUGGGGAAAAGUGUGGGGAAAGCAUUCAUCAAGUCGAGGACAUCUCUCCUAACACCAUCCACAUGGCCUGGCAGAUCCCUCAGUAUUUCCUCAUCACCGCAGGGGAGGUGGUCUUCUCUGUCACUGGUCUGGAGUUCUCCUACUCACAGGCGCCCAGCAACAUGAAGUCGGUCCUGCAGGCCGGCUGGCUGCUGACUGUGGCUGUAGGCAACAUUAUUGUGCUCAUUGUCGCGGAGGCCGCAACCCUUUCAGAACAGUGGGCCGAGUACAUCCUCUUCGCCUCUCUGCUGGUGCUGGUGUGUGUCAUCUUCGCCAUCAUGGCCUACUACUACACCUACAUCGACCCCACCAAGAUAGAGGCCAAGUUCACGCACGCGGAGCACGACGACGAGAAGAGGAAGAAGAGCUUGGAGAUGACCAAGAAGGAGCGAAGGAGGAGCUCUGACGCCAGCUCCGACAACGAGAAGAGGAAGAAGAGCUUGGAGAUGACCAAGAAGGAGCAGAGGAGGAGCUCCGACGCCAGCUCCGACGAGGAGGAACACUACCAGACCAAGAUCUAACGACCACAACCCCUCACGUCCUCGGCGGCUUCUCCCUCUCCGUGUGCAAACGCUGCUCUGUCUCUGGAGCCUUUUCCAGUUCUUUGGUGACAUCCAGUGCACGGCUGGACAUGUAGGCAUUAGUGAAAUGGUGCUGGAGUUGAAAGAACAAAGAGGUGGAGGCUUCGGUGCUUCACCUCUUGUUGGACAGUGUUAGUGAAAGAUUUUGACGAGGAUAAUCCAAACACCAUUAUCCACAUAAUUCAAAUCCCCGGGUCUUUAUUGGUUAGUGCUUAUGCUCUUGUAAAUGUAUUUUAUAAUGAUUUAUUCAGCGCUGUGUAGCAUCAUCUUCAAGUAAUUUUUUUUUCUUUAAAAAAAAAAAAAAAAGUAGCCUUGUUAGCCCUUCUUUAAUGUACAAUCACAAAGAAACCAUUCCAAUAUUAUUUAUUUCCAAGCACAGUGUUGUACGUAUUGUAAUAUAUUGUUUUAUACAUUCUGUAUGUGGCUCCUGCUCCAGGACAAAAUCCAACACUGGGAAAAUGUGGUCCAAGAUGGAAAAAUAAAAACCCUAUCUAUCUAGAUAUAUGUAUCUACACGAAAAGCCAUUUUUAAACAAACGUCUGUAUCAGCAGCGGUUUCGUGAGGCCUGUGUAAUGGGAUUAUGUAAAAUAAUUGUUUGCUAUCUUAGAAAUGUGUAAUCUGCUCUUGAGUACUCAUUAAAGUACAAAUGUUUAGAGA